AUGGAUGAACCGAUUGACCCUAGGCUUAAAAACCCUGCUAUGUUCCAAAGCCCUAGGAAGACAACUGAGGAGGAAAGUAGACCCAAGGAUAAACCAAGUGAUCCGAAAGACAGAAAGGACAAAGAAGGCGAGACGAAGGAAAAAGAAGCGCCAUACAUACCUCCACCACCUUAUAAACCACCUAUCCCGUACCCUCAAAGACUCGAGAAAUCUAAAAACAUAGGGCAAUUUAAGAAAUUUGUCGAACUUCUUAAACAGUUAAACAUCACAAUUCCGUUUACAAAAGCUAUUACCCAAAUGCCCUCAUAUGCUAAGUUCCUAAAAGAAAUCCUAUCGAAUAAGAAGAAAUUAGAAGACAACGAGACCAUAACACUCACUGUUGAAUGUAGUGCAAUAAUUCAAAAUAAAAUGCCACCUAAGCUGAAAGACCCAGGAAGUUUCUCCAUACCCUGCAAUAUAGGAAAAUUUGUCAUAGACAAAGCUUUGUGCGACUUAGGAGCUAGUAUUAGCCUAAUGCCUUUGUUCAUUUGCGAGAAACUAAACAUGGGAGAUCUAAGACCAACCAAGAUGUCAGUACAACUUGCAGACCGAUCUGUCAAGUAUCCUGUAGGUGUUCUCGAAAAUGUACCCGUCCGCAUUGGACAAUUCUACAUCCCUACGAAUUUCAUAAUUAUGGACAUAAAAGAAGACGUCAAUACUCCUAUAAUCUUAGGAAGACCUUUCCUAGCUACCGAUGGAGUCAUUAUAGACGUAAAGAAAGGCAAGUUGAAAUUCGAAGUAGGUGAGGAGAAGGUCGAGUUUAUUCUAACACAAUUCCUUCAAGCCCCAGCUAUAGAAGAUACAUGUUAUCUGGUGGACGUUAUUGAUGAAUGUGUAAGAGAGAUAGGACUAUUAGAAGAAUCUUACUCUGAAGUUAUAAAGAUUUCGAUGCCCCUGAUUUUCGAAGAUGAUAAUUGGCGUCCAGAAUAUCGAGAUGAUAGUUUAAGCGAAUGCUUAGCUUUAACACCCAACCCUAUGCCUUGCCCAAAGAAACCAGCCUUGGUCCUUGUAAUACGGUGA